AGCAAAUUCACUUCCUGUCCGUUCGCCGAUUGUGUCAAACUUCCGUUUGAGUUGAGCGACGACGAGGAAUUCGUUUUGUCAAAGUGAAAUACUCCUUUUUUUAAUCUUUGUACGGUUGCAUAUCGUGGACCGGGCAGUCAUGUCUAGUCGCGAAGCCCUAAACAUGAAGCUUCCACCGAUCCAGUCCACGGCCGGAGCCGUGCCGGUCCGGAAUGAGAAAGGUGAGCUCUCCAUGGAGAAGGUGAAGGUGAAAAGGUACGUGUCGGGUAAACGCCCUGACUACGCGCCGAUGGAGUCGUCUGAUGAAGAAGAAGAAGACUUCCAGUUUGUGAAGAAGGGAAAAGAAAUGGAGACAGAGGUGGAGCUGGAGGAGGAGGAUGUCUCUGAUCCACGUCUCAGGCGUUUGCUAAACCGUGUCUCUGAGGACGUGGAAGAGAGGCUUGCAAGACACAGACAGAUAGCAGAGCCUGAAGUUGUGGCUGAGAGCAGUGAAGACUCUGAUGAAGGCACGUGGCACCCACAGCGAGAGGAGAGCAGUGAAGAUGAAGAGGAGGAGGAAGAAGAAGUGGAUGAUGAGGAAAUCGAGAGGAGGCGAGCAAUGAUGCGUCAGCGAGCCUUGGAAAGAAAGAAUGAAGAGAUGGAGGUCAUGGAGGUGGAGGAAGAGGGGAAAUCAGGAGACGAGUCGGAGUCAGAGUCUGAAUACGAGGAAUACACCGACAGCGAGGACGAAGCAGAGCCGCGGCUCAAACCUGUCUUCAUCCGCAAAAAAGAGAGAGUCACAGUGGCAGAGCGUGAAGCAGAGGAGCAGAGACAGAGAGAGUUGGAGGCCGAAGCGAAGCGGCAGGCGGAGGAGCGACGGCGCUAUACCCUCAAGAUCGUGGAGGAAGAGGCCAAGAAGGAGUUUGAGGAGAACCGGCGCACGCUGGCUGCUCUGGACGCUCUGGACACCGAUGGAGAGAACGAGGAGGAGGAAUACGAAGCCUGGAAGGUCAGAGAGCUGAAGCGCAUCAAGAGGGACAGAGAGGCACGAGAAGCCUUCGAGAAGGAGAAGUCUGAAAUCGAGAGAUUCCACAGCUUGACUGAGGAGGAGCGCAGGGCCGAGCUGCGCAACAACGGCAAGGUUGUCACCAACAAAGCCACCAAAGGCAAAUACAAGUUCCUCCAGAAAUACUACCACAGAGGAGCCUUCUUCAUGGACGAGGAGGAGGACGUGUACAAGAGAGAUUUCAGUGCACCUACUCUGGAGGAUCACUUCAACAAAACCAUCUUACCCAAAGUUAUGCAGGUGAAAAACUUUGGUCGGUCUGGACGCACAAAGUACACCCACCUGGUGGACCAGGACACCACGUCGUUCGACUCUGCCUGGGCUCAAGAGAGCGCUCAGAACACCAAGUUCUUCAAGCAGAAGGCGGCAGGCGUGAGGGACGUGUUUGACCGGCCCACCGUGAAGAAGAGGAAGACUUAAGAUGCAUGUGAACAGGAUAUGAGCAGGCCCACAGUGCAGCUGUAAAGACUUUGACAGACUGAGCUGCAGCCUGAUGGUCUGUUUUUCUGGACUGUGACGUGGAAGGAAAUCAGCAGAAGGACUGAUUGUAAGGUGCACCAUCACUGCUGGCUCCAUGAAAUCUACAGGAGAUGCAGCUGGUGCAAAAAAGAUGUUUCUACGUCAUUGGACGAUGGCUUGUGAUGUAAUUUUGUAAAUUCAACAUUUAGUACACAGUCUCCCACUGACUUGUUCCUUUUUCCUCGGUGUUGUUUGCUGAUUAUUCCAAUAAAAGCAGUGUGUUUUCUUUUUUCAUAAACGGA